AGUCCCCUAUCCAGCCUCAAUAGAGCAAGUAGAGCCGCUCUUGUGCAACCAACACCACCACCUCCUCCACUGAUUCACAGACUUCAAAUUCCCCCACAAGCAGCCCAUCAGCUUCCACAGUGAUCAGAUUAAUAACAACAAUAGCCUGUGAUCACACAGGAGGAGAUAACCAGCGCUGCUCGUCCUCCGCGGGAUACUUGGAUAGCUACAGCAACAGGAUCCAUCCCUGCUCCUCUCCUUUUUUUUCACGCCUGAUCCACACCUGUGUUUUCCACUUUGAGAACACCCGCUGUUUUUUUGUUUUUUGUUUUUUGUUUUUUGUGUGUGUAACUACUUGGAUACCUGCGCGUUGUCCUUUUAUAAAUGUCGGACUGAAUAUAACUGCUAUGACAGGGAAACUAGCGGAGAAGCUCCCUCUUACCAUGAGCAGUUUAAUAAACACGAUCCCUGACAGUCUCUACCCAGAAGAGGACAUCCCGACGUCUAUGAAUAUUUUCACCAAUACGGAAUCUAUUAACCACUAUUCACAGAUGAACACAGAUAAUAUCAUGGAUCUGGGCAUGGGAAGCGAGAAAGCAACCGCAGAGAUUCAGUAUGGCUCCAGCUUCCAGUCCAACCGCAGCGGGCAGACUGUCACUUAUCUGGGGAAGUUUGCCUUUGACACUCCUCCGUCAGGUGGCAUUGGUGGCUCUGGCUGGUGCUCUGAUAACAAUAUCAUCAGUCUUGUCAGUGCAGGGAUCCUGGGCGUUUCACCAUCGCCCGGCACGGUAACGACACAGACAUCAUCCUCCGCAGCCAGCAUGGGCGGACAGACGUCAGAUUUGGAGCAGGUAUAUGGUCCGCCACUGCCUGCGUACUCCACCUGCAGCGACCUGUACCAGGACCAGGUUUCCUUCCACCACAGCCCUGCCACCAGCACGGGUCUAGCCUACCCUGGCAAUGACUAUCACUCCACAUCCAAAGCCUCCAUGGAUGGCAGCCUUUUCUCCAUGAUCCCUGACUACAACCUUUUCCAUCAUCAGGGGGAGGUUGGUGUGAUGGAGCACAAGCCCUUCCAGACCAUGGACCCCAUCCGGGUCAACCCUCCACCCAUCACACCCCUGGAGACCAUCAGAGCGUUCAAAGAUAAGCAGCAGAUUCACCCAGGUUUCAUCGGUGGGCAGCAGCACCCUCCUCAGCACCACCCACCGCCCCAGACUCUCACCCUCAAACCCAUCCGACCAAGGAAGUACCCCAACCGUCCCAGCAAAACCCCCGUCCACGAACGGCCGCAUGCCUGUCCGGCAGAGAACUGUGACAGACGCUUCUCACGCUCAGACGAGCUCACACGUCAUCUUCGCAUCCACACAGGUCACAAACCUUUCCAGUGCCGAAUAUGCAUGCGCUCCUUCAGCCGGAGUGACCACCUGACCACACACAUCCGCACACACACGGGCGAGAAACCCUUCUCCUGUGAGUUCUGUGGACGCAAGUUUGCCAGAAGUGACGAGCGAAAGAGACACGCAAAGGUUCACCUGAAACAGAAGGACAAGAAGCCAGCUGACAAGAACAGUGGGGCAGCUGGGAGCCACAGCUCACCACCCAGCUCCUGUGGGGGGCCAACGGUGGGGACUUCAUGACCGUCACUACGUGCACAUGGACUGGACCCUCACCAUGCCCCAUAAAGAGACUUAGGAAGAAGGGAUCACGUCCACUAUGAGAUAAAUAGGUGACUCUUUUCCUCUCUUUUACACCCCACUGCUCUUUUCAGUUCCUUCUAUUUUGAGAUGGAUGCCUUUAGUUUAAGUAAGAGGGGAAAGGCUGCUACGCCCUUCUCCUUCAAGUAACUCAGAGCCUCAGCUACUGUAACACAGUGCCAACACAAAGAAGGGCACCUUGGCACAUUCUGUCUAAAAGGCCACUGUGUAUCUAUAGGUUUUAGUGUGGAUACAUUUUUGUAAAUUUAUCUAAUUUGGAAGGAAGCCAGAAUCCAUCAUAAGGGUCAAAACAGACAAAAUUACAAUGGAGCUUAGUUAAAGGGUUAAAGGGUGAGUUGUCUGGGAGGUAUGCAUUAAUUUUAUUAGGCUGUUUAAAAGUGCAAUUGGUUAUAUUUGUGUACUGUCAUGGAUACCUUAUUAGUGGCACUUGACUGUCUUUUUGUUGUUUUAUUUUGUUGAGGUGUCGUGUUUUUAUUUUCUAUUUGAAUGUUGUUUUCUCAAAAGAAUGUGCCAAAUGUAUUGUGGUGAUACAGCCAACCUUGUUCUGAUUAUUGUGCCUGACAUUUGCCAAACAUAAAAGUGACAUCAGUUCAGCAAACAUGUUGAGUUGAAGGACAGAUCACAUUCAAACAACGUAUCUCUGAUUUAGAUUUAUCUGCACAAUCUAGGUUAAAUCUAGAUAAUGACUGAACUGGGUUACACAAACCAAACCGAUGUCCUGUCUUGUAACCUGUACUUAUAAAACAAACAUGCCUGCAGCAAUCAAUGCCUUUGCCAAUACUUAUUUAUUUGUAGUCACUGAGAGACACUGUGUAUUUUUGUUGCCUUUUUAUAUGGUGGCUUUAUGUGGUGUUACCAGAUAUAAUUUCUGUUGCUUUUUUCGAAAAGCUCACCAAUACUGUUCAUUUUUUCAGUUUUCUUGAGUUCUGCAAUUAUAUGCAAUAUAUUCAUGACAUAUGCCACCGACCCGUAAAUCAAAUUAACUAUGAGCACAGUUAGACAGACUGAACUACUUAAAUAAAUGACACUGGGUUGCAAACCAGCAGUAUAUGAAAGCAAAGAUGAAUAAGGUUUCACAGUGUAAAAAGUCUAAACUACUACUUGGUUUAUAUCACCAAAAGAUGAGCAGCAAAUGGUAAAAAGAAAAAUUAAAAUGUCCAAAUCCAUGUUUACAUCUUUUCUAAUACAGCGAGACUGAGUCUGAGUUGUAAACUAAAGAGUUGUUGUUUUUGUACAGUAUACAAAAAUGUAUGCAGGUAGCUACAGUAGAAGUUUCACUUUUGUACUCAAAUGUCAAAUGCACCAUAACUCAGUAUUAAAUUGUGCAUAUAUGUGCAUGCCUUCAUGCACACUAUGUAAAUACAAAUGUCUGCAUAAACAAGAACUUUCAAUUGACUGAAUGCUUGUGCGGAAUGUGUCUUAAAGCUUUUAGUAAUGUAGUUAUAAUACAGAAUAUUUUGUUGUCAUAGGUCAUUGCAAAAUUUUUUGGAGCACUACAAUAGUGCCAAAUAUGGUGUAUUAUCUUCCAUAAAAGAAAAAAAGAAUAAUAGCAUUUGCACCAUCUGUACGCUUUAAAGUGAUAACUGGUUUAAGAAAGCACUAAUGUGUUCUCUGAAUAAACAACAAGAUUUUUUACAUUUUGUGUAUCUCCAUUAUAGUCAGAAUCAGUUAUUUCAAUUAACACAUCUUCCCCCAUCGUAUAGAAAACACUGGUUGUUCUCGGAGACUAAAUGAUUGGAUCCUUUCUUAAACAAAACACGUUACCGGGCAAUGUCAAUAUUUAUUAUGUGUGGUUCCUUAUUGAUUUUUGUCCUGAUAGAAGGAAAUACCUCUUGUGUCAUUCAAUGAAACAUUCUGCGGAGGCUAAUCUCUUCCAUUAGCUUCUAUUGGGUCUUAAACGUGCAUUAUAACAGCGUUGACAAAUGCACAGCAGUGACCACAUCAAACUCACUGAUGCCAGCAUAAUUGCUUUUUUCUCAGGAAUGUUUUGUUUUAAACUUAUCUCUAUAAAGCAGGAAGGGCUUUCUUUUUCUCCAAGACGACAUCAUGGCUCUGUGGAGCACAAGCAGAAAAGUUGUAACUGAGAUACAAAAAAGGCAUUUCCAUCUAUUACAAUUAAUUUAUUACACUUUUGGUCAAAAAACAAUGGAAAAUGGUGAAUUUUGAAAAAUCAGGAGGUAUUUACUUCUGUCAAGGGUAGUAUAAGUCCCAUAUGUCAAAAAUAUUGGCACUGGUUUUACUAAACAAAUCAUUCACAUUUAUUCCAUUACUGUUAAUGUAUUAUUUGAGGAGUGUUAAGAUUUUAUUGUUUAAGUUUAUUACUCAAAUACCAGAUAAACUUCUCCUUCUUUUAAAAGAAACAUUUUCUCCAUCUACACUGACUGACAAUAUUUCUGUUUAUUGGUUGUGCUCUCUGACUAUUAAGGAGUGUAUGCUCUAUGCGAGGCAGAGAAUUUUCUAUAAAUGUUGCUGUAAAAAAGUAUAGUCCUGUUCAGUAGACAUGCAAUCAGAUUUAAAGAGAAUAUCGACUGACAAAUGCAAAGGCCAAAAGAAAGGUUCAGAAAAGUAGUGCCACAGAGAACACAGUGCAUGCAGAAAUGAGCUUCCAAGGCCAUGCUUUUCCUUUCCUGUAACAACCAGUUUUCACUGCUGAGCUUCCUGGCAAGUGUCCACUUAUUUUCCAAUUAAUUUGGCCUCAGAGAGCCUUUUCUCAACUCAUCUACAUGGUUAAAUGAACAGACCUCCUUGCACUUUUUCAGAUAGUUUAAAAUGUUACACACCCUAACUGUAUCUAACUGUAAAUCUGAAGUUUUGUAUUAUAAAAAAUAUGUUAUUUUAGUGCAUGGAUGGUCAUUGACAAAUGAAAAUGUUCUGGGCUUAUCUCAAUAAAAUGCUGAAUGCUCAAAUGAAAAUCACAACUUAACAAACUUUACAAUUUGAACUUUUUACACACUAGAUAACACAGCUUUUCUUAUUUCUGAUCCCAGAUAAUUAGCUCAACAACAACUAAGAUUCAAACAUUAGAGUGACAUUUGCCAGGUUAAAUCUUGCAAGGAGUAAUGGCCUCCAAUGUAAACAUCAUGUAGCAGACAGCCUCAUGGAGUCAGCACAAAAGAAUAUAUAUAUAAUACAUGAGGUGAUAGGAAAUACAAAAUGUUUAUCUUUAUUGUUUACCUAGAAUAAUUUGAUGUUAGACACUGAUUAUAGGCUCAUUUUGAAUUUAUUUGACCAAAAAGUAUGCUCUUGUGUGCUCUUGAUUUAACACUUUGCUGGUGAGAAUGGAUGUUUUUUAAUUAUAAUAUAUAGAAUGUGGCUUCCUCUGAGAGAAAACUGUGUUUAUGUUGCUUUGUGUUAAGGAAUGAUGCAGAGUAAGGCGGAGACUACACCAAACUAUUUCCACAUCUAAAUGAGGCCGUGUAAUUACAACUUUGCAAACUCAAUAUUUCAUCAGUCAUAUCAUCUCACUGUGUUUGUCACUUUUGUUUUGUGACACUUUUGUAAUGGACAGAUAGAUUUUGUAAAAUUUAUAUGAUCCCCUCUAUCUUAUUCCUCUAAUAGUUUGGUAGUUGAACAACAAUACAGGCUGCACCAUGUUCUUCUGAACAAAAAUCCUUCUGUGUAAUGUGUGAACGUUAUAGAUAUAUGUCAGUGACUUGUAAAACAAACUCAGAAACAACCCCCUCUUAAUAGUGCUUCUCCAAGAAUAAUUUAUUUUAUGUUUUUUUAUGUUCUAUUGUCCAAAAGUGGGCGGCUGAACGCUCUGAAAUUGGAAUUUGCCUCAUCCUCGUUCUCGCUCCAUGUUGGAUGUGAGCCAACAUCAGCAGCCAUCUUUGUGCCAAACUGGGUUGCAGGGUUGGCUGAUCAAAAACAAUAUGUGAUGAGAACUCCACAGGAGCAACAAAUCAUAAAUGUGACCUCAGUCCGCUUGCAGUUGAAGGCAGCCUUGUGCUAAUUUUUGUGUUUAACUGAUUUAGUCUCCGUGAAGUUGGCCUUGGGCAGGGCAAUAGGUUUGGGCUCAUUCAUGACAAUUAAUAAUUACAGGAUUUAAAAAAAAAAUACUCACGUUUGAAGAGGUUUCAUUAAUGUGUAGAUAUUAUCGGCUACUCAUGUCAUCUUAUGGACUACAGGGUGGCUUCAGGGAUUUUGUGGUCUUCAACAGUGACACUAUAGUGUUCAGAUGGAGUCGAUACUCACCGUUUUCUGUUGUGUUGUGUUUCCUUUUCAUUGCAGUAUAUCCUCAUGUUUGCAUGUGCACGGAAAUGUUCCAAAGUGCUACCCUCGAUGCUGUGGGUGGUGCUCAUUUCUUUAUUAUGCAUGAAAAUAAAAGUCACAUUGGGUGAAAUGGGAUAAACCCAACAACAAUUCAAGACAGACAAUUGAAAACACACACUGGGAUAACUGUUAUGUUGGCUUUUUUUUUUUUUUUUAAGAAAACAAGGGGUCUUGUUUAAAAUGUUGUGGAUGUCUUUAGCCUAUUUCAUGUUUUUAUUACCUUAUAAUAAGGUCCUUUUAUGAUGAGCUGAAUAUUGAAAUGAAUUUUACUAUAUCCUUGUGAUGGGGAGAUGUGCUCCCCUGUUUACCUGGCACUUCAGUUUGUUGUAAUGCAAUUGUUUUGUUAUUUCUAUGUAAGUACUUGAAUAAAGAAAAAUAUCACUUGC